CCCCCCCCCCCCCCCCCCCUCUCUCUAUCUGCGACGAAGACGAAGCUUCUGGAAGAAAAGUAUGUGCGAUAAUGUGGAAGAAUGUGCUUCGUGAAUGCCAAGGCUUGUUUCUUGUGGUGAGGCACUACUCCAGGAUUGCUCCUCCACGCCCUGCCUCAGCUGCACCAGUCAUCCGGGUGUCCAACAAUGUAGCCCAGUUGGGAUCCCCCAAAGAGGGUCCAAAGCCUCGACAGCUACUGUCAUUGCCCCCAUUCCCUGCUCAUCCUUUGCCUGGAAAGAGCUUGGUUAAUGUGUCUGGGCUGCCCACUCAUGUCACUGCUAUCAGUUGGAUCAAGUAUUACUUUGACGAAAUCCCUGGCUCUGUGGUUCAGUCUCAUUUCAACAAGGGCCUCGUGCAUAUGGAACGUUCAAACUUGGAUGAUUCAUCUCUAGAAAAAGAAGGACAAAUAAAGCCCCUGAGAAAGAUUAAGCCUAAUGAGGUAAUGGAGGCGGGCACAAGAAUUUAUGUACCAGUAUCAGUUGCUGAGGCAAGGAUUUCCAAGAGAUUUGACACUAUCCCAAGUGGAACUCUACAUCCAAACGCUGAUGAGAUAGAGUAUUUGCAAAGGCUUGUCACGUACAAGGACCCUGCUAUACUUGUGCUAAAUAAGCCUCCCAAAGUGCCACUCAAGGGGAACCUUCCAGUUCAUAACAGUAUGGAUGCCUUGGCAGCUGCAGCAUUGACUUUUGACUAUGAGGAAGGUCCUAAGUUGGUGCAUCGUCUUGAUAGAGAAAGCAGUGGUCUUUUAUUAAUGGGGAGAACGAAGGAGAGUGUGGCUCAUCUUCAUUGGUUGUUCAGUGACAUAAAUAAAGCAAAAUCCCCAUCUAAGGCUUGGGACAAUGCAUGUGAAGCAACAUGUCAAAGGUAUUGGGCAUUGGUCAUAGGCUCUCCCAAGCAAAAGGAAGGUGUAAUCCAUGCCCCUCUUUCAAAGGUGCUUCUUGAUGAUGGGAAGACUGAAAGGGUCAUUUUGGCUAAUCAGUCAGGUUUAGAAGCUUCCCAAGAGGCUAUAACUGAAUAUCGUGUUAUGGGUCCAAUGAUAAAUGGUUGCUCAUGGAUUGAACUGUGUCCACGCACUAGUCGGAAGCAUCAGCUCCGAGUCCAUUGUGCUGAAGCUCUUGGCACGCCAAUCGUGGGUGACUACAAAUACGGGUGGUUUGUUCACCGGAGAUGGAAGCAAAUGCCCAGAGUCGACCUUGAGCCAACAACCGGGAAACCCUACAAGAUGCGCAGGCCGGAAGGCUUGGAUGUUCAAAAGGGAAGCGUGUUAUCAAAGGUCCCCCUGCUGCAUCUGCAUUGCAGAGAGCUUAUACUUCCCAACAUCGCGAAGUUCCGCCCCAUUUUGGAUCUGAAACCCGAAAACCAAAACCAGUAUCCCAAGCUCAGCUCGAAGCCAGAUAUUCUUCGGUUUGUUGCAUCAAUGCCGAACCACAUGAAAAUUAGUUGGAAUCUCAUGUCCUCCUAUCUGGUAUGAAGAGAAUGCAGGAGAGUUGCGUGUAUUUAUUUUAUGGACUUCAGUUGUGGUUUGUAGGAUUGAUUGAAAGGUUUAUUAGUUUACUUUAGGGAUGUCAAUGGGAUGGGUUCGGUUCGGGUUCGGGUCCUAUUUGAAUCCGAUUAUUUAAAUGUAUUUCUAUCAAUCCCAAGCCCAAAUUAGUAGAGUUUAGGUUGGUUACCUCACCCUUCAGGAAAAGAAAAAA